ACCCAUCCUAUAGUUGGGUCUGUUUCCAACUGGGGUUCGAAUAAUUAUACCAGUGCUCCCUGACAGAGGCCAGCCAAGUCAACAUCAGUGUUGACGCCAGGCCGCAGAGACCACUUCUCUGCUGUUUUUUUACCUUAAUCUCGCCCAAAGGCUAAGUGUUUAUGAGAACAAACGUGGAUAGCGAUACUGACCAAAGUGGCUCCAACGACGGUGUAAAGGCCAUGGACACGUCAGAAUGGUUAGAGGAAACGGGAAAGAUGCACAUACACCGUGCUGACAUGAACAAGCUCAUUAUGAAUUACCUCGUCAUGGAGGGGUUCAAAGAAGCAGCUGAAAAAUUUUCCAUUGAAGCCAACAUAAAGCCACCAAUGGAUUUAGAUCAGUUGGAUGAACGGAUUCGUAUCAGAUCGGCCAUACAGACUGGGCACUUCCAGGAUGCUAUGAGAAUGGUGACAGCACUUCAUCCAGAGAUCCUUGAUGAUAAUUCCCAGCUCUACUUCCACCUCCAGCAACAGGUAUUGAUCGAAUUGAUCCGGGAGGGUCGUGUUGAGGAAGCUGUGGUAUAUGCUCAAGAUCAUUUAGCGGAGAGGGGCCAGCGAGACCCAUCCAUCCUGAAUGAAUUGGAGCGAACUUUAGCACUCUUGGCUUUUGAUCAACCAGAUACCUCUCCGUUUGGUGAUCUACUGCACCCUUCUCACCGACAAAAGGUUGCCAGUGAACUAAAUGCGGCCAUUCUACGUGCUCAGAAUCAGGAAGAAACGACUCCACUUUUAGCUGAACUACUAAAGCUACUUCUUUGGGCGCAGGAUGAACUCAACAAGAAAAAGGUCCAAUACCCAGUAAUGACAGAUUUGAUUAAAGGACAGAUUGAGGAACCAAAAUGAGCCUUUCUUGUGAUCACAUGUAAGUUUUCCCGAAUUUAAUAAUAGCAUGACAAUAGGUGCGUCUUAUUUAUGCCUGUUGUAAGUUUCAGAAUCUUGUGAUAAUACAUUUUGUAUUCUUUGUAUUUUGUUGUACCUGAAAAUGUAUGCAGUUUUGAUCUUGUCAUUGUUAGGCACAUGAGACUGUUUUGUACAUGACAUCAUACAUUGCCAAAAGUUAUCGGCAGCAGGCUGGCCUAGUGGAUUCUUACUCUUGAUAAAAUGGCUCUAAAAAAUCAAAUGGAUACAAUAACAUUUAGUGGCCAUAUUAGACCAUAUAUUUUCUUAACAUAACCAAUUGAUAUAUAUAUAUACAAACACAUUCGUGCACAUAUACACGGUAUAUAUUUCAAAUGAUUACUAAUUAUUGUAUGACGUUUGUUUGAAGCGUUAUUGUUAAACAAGUUUUUAGUUUCAAUGCAAAUUUAGAAAUGCAUGCUACUGAUGUGCAUUUUACAGUUCAUAAAUUACAUUUUACAAUACUGCACAUAAAAUAGCCUAAAAUAUUACAAGAUUUUUGUCUAUCAUUGCUUGCAUAAUUGUGAUUUAUCAUUUAACGUAUUUUGUUCUUAAACAUAACUAAAUAUUAUGUUGAUGUUGAAAUAAAUAUCUGGAAAAGGUGUGAAGAAACAUACCUUUUAGCUUAAAAGGAGGAAUAAAAUAUGAUAAAGAAA